CACAACUUAGAGCAGGUCGAGAGUCCACAGCACCGAGUGUCCAUUGACAACGGCGAGAGCGAGCGCAUAAAGCCACACGUGAACGCCACGAGCAAGACGCACGGCCACUGGACACUCCAAAGAAAACUUUUGUGUCGCGUAGCACCUUUCCUCUUCUUCUCGCGGGAAAUGGACAUCACUGCCAAAAUGGAAAUAAGCGUAAACCAGCAACAGUUCAUGCCACCUGCCUGCUUUUUCGCAGCAUCCGCGCAGAGCAUCCAACUCAGUCCGACCGACAGCCAGUGCAGCAAUAAAUCCGCGUCCAAACAGGCAAAGAGGCAGCGUUCGUCUUCACCAGAGCUGCUGCGAUGCAAGAGAAGGCUUAACUUCGCGGGCUUUGGGUACAGUUUGCCCCAGCAGCAGCCGCAUGCCGUCGCCAGGCGGAACGAGAGAGAACGCAACCGGGUGAAACUGGUGAACAACGGCUUUGCCACCCUCCGCGAGCACGUACCCAACGGCGCGGCCAACAAGAAGAUGAGCAAAGUGGAGACUCUGCGCUCGGCAGUGGAGUACAUCCGUGCGCUCCAGCAGCUCUUGGACGAGCAUGACGCGGUGAGCGCAGCCUUCCAGUCGGGCGUCCUGUCACCCACCAUCUCCCAAAACUACUCGAAUGACAUGAACUCUAUGGCCGGUUCGCCAGUGUCAUCUUAUUCCUCGGAUGAGGGUUCCUACGACCCUCUGAGUCCAGAGGAACAAGAGCUUCUGGACUUCACCAACUGGUUUUGAACAUUUGUGAAAGAAAACGAAUAAAAAUCGCAGCACUCGCUUUGGAGGCACUCGGAUGACCCCGUCCUCCAAGAACACAAAGCACUGCGUUUGCGCUGCAGUCCGGUUCGGACACACUCUUCACCCAGAGAUGGCCCGUAUAAACCGGCAGCCACCGGCCCCGUGUGUCAAAGAGCCAAAGGACUUGAAGGGAAGACGCAGCCCCUGGCAGAUCAGGAGUCCGGCCCGUCCAGCGCAUUCGCCCAUGAAUCCAUAAAAAAAUGACUUUCCACAAAUAUGUGGCUUAUAUACGACGGCAAUAUAUAAAUGUUGUAAUUUACCUAUAUGCUAAUGCUCAUCAGAGAUGGUUUGCCCUGUUAUAGACCCCUCUCACAUGUAACUCUAAGAUGCUUCCAACGUGGCGUAUUUUAUUAUAUGAAGUUCUAUUUGUAUAAAACAUGUUGUUUUUUAAAUAUAUUAAGCUAUUUUUGUAUGUAUGUAAGAGAUUUAUAGAUGUUUUGUACACAUUCAUUUUAAUAUGUAUAUAUAUUUUUUGAUCUACAGUAUAGCCUGCCGUAUAAUGCUCAUUACCUCUGGCUUAUUCAGACUUAUAGUCUCAGAUGCAUCGCAGCUGGCAGUUCCCUUUACGGUUGUGGAGGUUUUAGAUGAGUUUAAUGCUCGAGAGUUUAAAUUUCAGCACCGACGUGUCUUAUUUAAUAGGAGUAUGAUUGCAAUUGUAAUAUGACUCGGAGUUCAUAGUGAUCAAAGGUUAUGCAGCUAUUGUCCAAACGGAACACAACGGCGGUGUUUUUGUCUCCAUACUGCCUGUUCAACUUUGCCUUUACAAUGCUGGGGAUUGCUUC